AUGUCUGGCACGGCAGAAGGCUCUGUUAAAACCACAGUCUCGCGUCCAGAGCUUCCGCACUACUUUUGGCGGGAUCAAAGUCCUGCUCGUACCCGGAUUCGAUAUAUCACAAAUCAUCUGAAAGCAGAUUUCGAGUUAUCUCGGUUGGCCAUAGGACCUCUUGGUUUUGACCUAGAAUGGCGCCCCAACUACAGGAAGGGUGGGAGGGAAAACCGCGUAGCGCUUGUUCAGCUUGCUGGUUUCGACACCAUAUUGCUCCUACAAAUAAGCGCCAUGUCAGGUAUGAGCAAGAAUUCAAUGAACAAAUUUCCAUUGAAAUUGAGGGAAUUGCUUGGGGAUCCAUUGCGAGUCAAGACUGGCGUUAGCAUCCAACGCGAUUGUCAAAAGUUGUAUCGGGACUGGGGGGUUUCAACACGCAACUGCGUAGAGCUAGCACUUCUUGCUCGUUCGGUCGAUAAUGCCCGAUGGAAGGGAAAGUACACCAGCCCACUUGGGUUAUCCCGCCUUCUUGAGACCUACGUGGGUUUCUCUUUGGCGAAGGGAAAGGUGCAACGCAGCAAUUGGGAGCUCCGUCUUUCCUCGAUCCAGCAAGACUAUGCAGCUAACGACGCGUGUGCUGGGUAUGCUAUCUAUACUCGGUUGAUCGCCUUGGCUGGAGAUAUGCCCGAUGCAAACCCAUAUUACUACUCCCUUAGUGUGGUGAAUGGCUUCGUGCUAGAUCACCUUGGGAUUUCUCAGUGGAUUCCCCACAACCCUCAUUACGAUCCAGGUCCACCGCCUCCACCCAAGGAACCGAAAGAGAGAAAUGAAACACCUAGGGCACCGACGUCGAGUACCGUCAGUCAAGGCACAGCUUCUUCCGGAUCCUCUUUGCAGGACGGAAUCAGUAUAAGUGCCAGACAGGGUCCUCUGCUUGCCAGUGUCCCCGUUGCCCCUGCCGUGAACUCACGAGCAGGGGCUUUCCGUCGAAUUCCUCGUAAUCGCUCUACUUCCACCCAACGGCCUCAGAAUCAUGUUAAUGACCCUGCACAAUAUUCUGUUACUAUGCGCAUCCAGUAG